AGAGAGAGAGAGAGUAAAGCAGAGAGAGCAUGUCAGGAAAAGAGCAGCGUAGUGCGAUGUGAGCGGGGCUUAUUUAUUUUGAGUGGUUUCACACGGACAACAGGAGGUGGGCUCGGCAUCUUGGUGGUUCACAGCGUUGAUCCUUUCUAAGAGUAACAGUGAAAGACAGACGACAGACGGCAGUUUUCCGUGUGGAAGGGCUGAGUUAGUUGGUCCAGCCAUGGGAAAAACACUCCUCAUUUUCAUUAUGACUUUACUUCUCCUGGAGCUCACGCGAGGGUCUAAAAGUGGGAAGAACAGGCAUAACAGGACGGAGGGGAUCAGCCCGAGAACUUUCAGAGGCCAAACAAUCCCUGUCCAGCUUCCCCUCCCUCCAAACUCCACGGAAACACUGGCACGCUCGUCCCCCUCUGGAGUGGUUGAACCAGGACUGCAGUUGCUCAGCAACAGCACAGCGAUGUAUCUCAGGGGCGCUCUGAGCACCCGGGCCAUUCCCGCCGUUUACAUCGUGUCCAUCGUCGUUGGAGUUCCAGCCAACGUUGCCAUCUUGGUGUCAAUCGGCGCUAAAGUGCGGAGGGUGUCGUCGGCUAUUUUGUACUGCAGCUUAGCGACGUCAGACCUUCUCCUUCUCCUUAGCUUGCUGCUGAAGAUGCACUAUCACUUCACCGGCAACGACUGGACGUUUGGCGAGGCCACUUGUCGCCUCGUCACUGCCUGUUUCUAUGGCAACCUGUACUGUUCAGCGCACACAUUAGCCUGCAUCAGUGUGAAGCGCUACUUAGCCGUCGUGCACCCGUUUUUGUACAAGAGCCUGCCCAAGCGCUCCUGCACAGCAUGGGCCAGCCUAGCCGUGUGGGUCAUGUUCUCCAUCGCCAUUGUGCCUGAGCUCCUCGUCCAUCAGACUUAUAGAAUCCCUCAGCUUAGGAUCACCACCUGCCAUGAUGUCCUUCCGGUUGACCAGGGCAGCUCUAACUUUCUGGUGGUUUAUAAUCUAGCCUUGACUCUAUUAGGCUUCCUGCUCCCCCUGAUGGUGACCACUGCAUGCUACACCUCCAUCGUCUGGGAGCUGAACCGCUCUCACCGCGACUGGAGUCUUUACAUCAAGGCCAGCACUUUAGUCUUCUUCAUCUUCGUCCUUUGCUUCGCACCAAGCAGCUUCAUCCACUUCCUGCACUACGUGCGGCUGUACUCGAGCGGAGCGGAGAACUUCUACGCCUACUUUAACGUCGCCGUGUGUCUGUGCUGCCUCCACAGCUGCUUGGACCCCUUUCUGUUUUUCCUGAUGUCCAGGACUGCAGGCUCAAAGCUCUACUUCAUGACCCGCAAAGGAAAGACACUCAGCAUCUCCACUUAAAGCGUAGUCCCAUCAAUUUUACAAGAUUUCUGUGUAAUUCGAUGGUCGAGAUGUAAACAGAGCCAUUCAGAGUGGUUUGGUGUGAAAUAGUUGAUUGUAGAGACUUUACAGUGGUGGUGAUGGGAACCAGAGGUCGCCAUGACUACAACACAGACAUGGACACUUUAUUUACCAUCCAAAACGUACACAUGCUUAUUUCUAAAGUUUUAUAUGUAAUAUUGAUGGUAAAAUAGUUUGAAAGAAAUACGUGUUCUCUGGGGACGACUUUGCCCAACAGCACCUCUUCACAAUGAGCGCAUUUUAAAAAAUACAUUUCAAGCCAAAAUCUUAUCCCAGAAAACUGUGUGACAGACAGUUUUGUCCUAACUUUCGGCGAGGGAGCUUUUAGAGGUGGACGUCGGGUUACUAUCACCACCACUGUGGUUUCAGUCCACUCUAAAUGGCCUCGUUUACACCAAUUGAAAAAACUCGGUGCAAUUCAAUUUUAAACUUACUGGCCAGUUGAUAUCGACCAACUUCUGUUUGUGCUAAUGCCCAGGCUGACCCAUAACCCACUCAAAUCGACCAGUGUGGUCAGUACUGAUGUUAAACGGGAGGCCGGAUGACCGACACAGUCACGAUGUUGCGUUUGAUUACGUAUUGGACAAAUUUAUUUGAAAGAAAAGACAGAAUCGUGAAUCAUAUAUACUAACAAACUGAGCACAACAACAACACAGCCAAUACACAGCACUGUUAGUUUGUAAUAUUGUCUUUAUAACACUCUUAAAAAAAAGAGCCUUCAGGAGCUCUUUAGUAAAGGGGAUGGUUCUGUUUAGAACCAUGGGUUCUAAUCGCAUGCUUAAAUGGUUCUUAGCACGGUGACAUGGUUCUUCAGAUUGGUGGAGAACGUGUUGGUUCUACAGAGCACUUUUGUGGUUAUGAUGUCAAGCUUGUAACAAUAGCAGAACCCUAUACAACACAUUCUCCAUCAAUCUGACGAACCACUUUAGCCAGCAAAGUUUUAUAUAGGACUCAUAUUUCUAAACAGAACCAUUGCCUUUACUAAAGAACCCUUGAAGAACCAUAUUUUUUGUCCACCAUUGGUGGUGCAUAGCAGACGCUGACCUAGUGGCUAGACUUGCUUGCCAUUACGUGAUGUAUGGACUCGAGUGAGUGUGCUGUCAAACAGAGAGCGUUUUCAGGUCUGUCAUGAUUAGAAUUGGAUGUUUGAUAAUCUCCCAAACGCUCUGUUCUGAUAUUCCAGUCCACCACCACUGAAGAACUGAGCACAGAAGGUGGAUUUGGGGCUUUGUUUAAAUGUGCAGUGUGUAAGGUUUAGUGGUAUAUAUUAGGGGUAUAUAUAUAUAUAUAUAUAUAUCUUGUAGUAAAGAAAACCAUGUUUUUAUUGGUGUAUAAUCACCCGUUUUCAUUGCCUUAGAAUGAGCCCAGAACAGAAGGUCGACGGUUCGAUCCCCUUUAGCUGACAGUACAUGACUGAGGUGUCCUUGAGCAAGACACCUAACCCCCCCAACUGCUCCCUGGGUGCUGUGGAUAGGGCUGCCCACCGCUCCGGGCAAGUGUGCUCACUGCCUCCUAGUGUGUGUGGGUUCACUAGUGUGUGGGAGUUUCACUGCAUGGAUGGGUUAAAUGAGGAGGUCUAAUUCCUCUGUGUGCAAAACACAGUUGGCUGAUGGCUCUGAAUUCAUGUUUUCUGCUGUCGCCCAGAACAGACAUGCCAAACACUGCCUCUAGAGGGCACCUUUCUCGUUCUUACACAGUUCAGAAUCAGCGGUUCCGGCUGGUGCUAGCUAACCAUUUCGUGUCGUGAGAAGUUUGAGAACCCAAAGGUUGACAAGUAGAGGUUCAACUUUAUUAUUUAGCGCAAGAGAAAGCGAGGUAGGGUGAAUCCUCGUCAUCGAAGAAGUGAAAAAACGAAGCAUAGCGAAAUCAAGACAGGGAUGGCUACAUGCUUGGAAAGGGAGGUGUGCUCAGUUGGUUGCAAUCUGCAACUUCGCCACUAGAUGCCGCCAAAUCUCAUACACUGCACUUUUAAAACCGCCAUGCGUCUGCGAAGACACAAAACAACGUUCUGAUACUGGAAUCGGAGCGGUUGUUGAGUUCUGGAUCGAAGCUGGAACAUAUGUGGUCAGUUUAUUUGUCCACUCACAUGUACUUUCAUCAGUAGGAAAGUAAAGGACUUUGGUCUGAAACGUUCCAACCAUUUGGCUUCAAACUGUAAAGCAGGCAGCAGCAAUUAUGCAUGGAAACAAAUCAGGAGCCGUUUGAAUAGCCGGGACUGAAAGGGGCACAAUGUGCCUCCUGGACUGUGAUGUAUGUUUGUGUCGAUGAAGGG